CCCGAGCAGCCCACCCGUGCCCCCCGGGACCUGGACUUCCACGGCACCAGCCAGAAUUUCAGCAAGUUCAUUCGGCUGUCGGACCGGACAGACCCCGCGGCGGCCUACGCCCUGGUCACCCGCACCUGGGGCUUCCCGGCCCCCAACCUGGUGGUGUCUGUGCUGGGGGGCUCGCCGGGCUCCAAGCUGCAGCCCUGGCUCAGGGACCUGCUGCGGCAAGGCCUGGUCAGGGCCGCCCUCAGCACCGGGGCCUGGAUCAUGACCGGGGGGCUGCACAUGGGCAUCAGCCGGCACGUGGGGGUGGCGGUGCAGGACCACAACAUGGCAGGCUCGGGCUCCACCAAGGUGGUGGCCAUGGGCGUGGCCCCCUGGGGGGUGGUGCGGCACUGGGAGACGCUGAUCAACCCCAAGGGUGUGUUCCCGGCCCCCUACUUCUGGCAGAAGGGCCUGAAGGACGGCACCCAGUGCCCGCUGGACUAUAACUACUCGGCCUUCUUCCUGGUGGAUGAUGGGACCUACGGCAUCUUCGGGGGCGAGACGCGCUUCCGGGCCAAGCUGGAGUCCUACAUCUCCCGGCAGAAGACUGGGAUUCGCGGCACCGGCAUCGACAUCCCCGUCCUGCUGCUGCUCGUGGCAAAAAUGAAAGCAUACUUAGCGGUUCAGCGCCACCCGACUAUCUCGCCGAAUCUAGAAACGCGGCGUCAAGAGACUCCUGCGUCCUUCCAUGACCCACAAUGCAGGAAUCGCCGACAGAUCCGGCGCUUCUUUCCCAAGGGUGAUCUUGAGGCCACAGGGAGGCUCAGACAUCUCUGUCCUGAAUGUUCCGCCAUUCGGUUCUCAGCCCCCAGAGGCGCCCACCGACUCCAACCAGGUGUAGGAAUAAAAUCCAGCCUGACUCCUAGGAGGAGAGCCUGCCCCCUCCGUGGGGCCCCGAGCCCAGCAGAGGCGUGGGAACAAAGGCCUUGGCUCAGGCGCCUUCCCUUGGGUCUAGCGCAGGUGGAGAGGAUCAUGACGCGCCGGGAGAUGCUGACCGUCUAUUCGUCGGAGGACGGGCCCGAGGAGUUCGAGACUGUGGUGCUGAGGGCCCUGGUGAAGGCCUGCGGCAGCUCUGAGGCAUCCGCAUACAUGGACGAGUUACGCCUGGCCGUGACCUGGAACCGCGUGGACAUUGCGCAGAGCGAGAUCUUCCGAGGGGACAUCAAGUGGAAGGUGGGGGGGGGAUGGUGGGAUAUGAGUGGACAGGGGUCUCAUACGUCGGACUCCACCUUCAAGAUGAGGCCCUGGAUCGAUACCGCUCUGGGCCCUGUUUCUGGAUCGAGAUCGGAUGGCGUCUUCUGGGAUCGGGAGACUGGAGAGGAUCCCCUGGCUGAGCCCCAGACUGAGGAAAGAGCUUCAACCCAUUCUGGUGGUUCCAGGACCGGGGAUCGGGGGACCCCUGGUGUGGAGGGAAGAGCCCCACCCUCUGUUUUUCUUUGCCUAGGUCUGUUUUCAGAGUGUCUCCAAAACAGUGAGUCCCGGACCACCCGCUUGCUCCUGCACCGGUCCUCCAUCUGGGGGGGAGCCACCUGCCUCCAGCUGGCAACGCAAGGGGACGCGAGGGCCUUCUUCGCCCAGGAUGGGGUGCAGACCCUGUUGACGGAGAAGUGGUGGGGAGAGAUGGACAGCAGCACCCCCGUCUGGGCCCUGCUUCUCACCUUCUUCUGCCCCCUCUUCAUCUACACCAACCUCAUCACCUUUAGACCCCUGGAGGAGGAGCUGCUGAAGAGAGAACAGUGGGGGCCAAAUGUGGACGAUGGUGCCAUGGACAGCCCCUCGGGGCUGGGGGACAUCUCAGAGAAGCGGGGGACGGGCACGCCGACCCAACCCAGGGCCGCCUGGAGCUGCCUGCGGGACCGGCAGCAGUGGGCACGCUGCCUGCGGCGCUGGACCCAGUUCUGGACGGCACCGGUGACCGUCUUCCUGGGCAACGUGGUCAGCUACCUGCUGUUCCUCCUGCUCUUUGCCCGGGUGCUGCUGCUGGAGAUCCGGCCCACAGCGCCCGGAGCCACCGAGUUCCUGCUCUACGCCUGGGUCUUCACGCUGCUGUGCGAGGAGCUGCGACAGGGGCUGUCGGGGGGCUGGGGCACCCUCAGCGGGGGCCCCACACCAGAGCCCGAGAAGGUGCCCCUGCACCAGCGGCUGCACCUCUACCUGGCCGACACCUGGAACCAGUGCGACCUGGUGGCCCUCAGCCUCUUCCUGCUGGGCAUUGGCUGCCGGCUGACCCCGGGGCUGUACCAGCUGGGCCGGGCCGUGCUCUGCCUGGACUUCAUGGUCUUCACUCUGCGCCUCCUGCACAUCUUCACGGUCAAUAAGCAGCUCGGACCCAAGAUCGUGAUCGUGAACAAGAUGAUGAAGGAUGUCUUCUUCUUCCUCUUCUUCCUGGGCGUGUGGCUCGUGGCCUAUGGCGUGGCCACCGAGGGGCUGCUCCGGCCGCAGGACCAGGACCUGUUUGCCAUCCUGAGACGCGUGUUUUACCGGCCCUACCUGCAGAUCUUUGGCCAGGUGCCCCAGGAGGACAUGGACGUGACCCUGAUGCAGCAGGACAACUGCUCGCAGGAACUGGGUUCGUGGGCCCAGCCCCUCGGGAGCCCAUCCGGCUCCUGCGUCUCCGUCUACGCCAACUGGCUGGUGUUGCUGCUUCUGGUCAUCUUCCUGCUGGUGGCCAACGUGCUCCUGCUCAACCUUCUCAUCGCCAUGUUCAGCCACACCUUCGGGAAGGUGCAGGGGAACAGCGACCAGUACUGGAAGUUCCAGCGCUACGGCCUGAUCCGCGAGUUCCACAACCGCCCGGCGCUGCCCCCGCCCCUCAUCGUGGUCUCCCACCUCCUCCUGCUGCUGAGCCGCCUGGAUCGCCAGCGCCAGCCCCGACGGCAGCGCCCCGCCUCCGACGAGGCUUCCAGGCGGUACCUGGCCACCCAGGCCGAGGAGCGCGAGCUGCUGACCUGGGAGUCGGUGCAGAAGGAGAACUUCCUCCUGGGCCAAGCCCGGGACAAGAGGGAGAGCGACUCGGAGCGGCUGAAGAGGACGUCCCAGAAGGUAGACACAGCCCUGAAGCAUCUGGGUCAGAUUCGGGCUUACCAGCAGCGUCUGAUGGCCAUGGAGCUUGAGGUCCGUCACUGCAGCCAGCUCCUCAGCUGGGUGGUGGAGGCGCUGAAACAGUCCCAGCUGAUCUUGCCAGCGGAGCCGCCCCCACUCACCCCGGUCAAAGUCCCAACUGCCCCUGCCCUUCUUAGCCCCGGCUUCUUCCUCCCCGUCCUUGUCCUACAACCUCCAUGUCCCUCUGGAAGUCUCCGUACUCCUUCUCCGGGACAAGGAACGCCCUCGGGCACUGUGACAACUGCAUUAUCAGGGUGUGUAUCCCUGGGUCCUGCCAAGGCCAUUCUCUACGAGCCGCUGGACUGGCUAGAUGCCCCCGAGCUGCUCCUGGCCUUUCUCUGGGAGCCGCUGGGCAGCAGGCGCCAUCUCGGCCGUCCCUCGGUCCUUUCUGAAGCCAUAUUGGUCCUCAGGUGGUCGGCCAUCUUCCAGGCGGAGGAUCCACCUACCCAGGUGGGCACUGGCAAGAUCUUUGCCCCCAAUGACUGGGAGCCUCCGUGGAAUCCCAAACCAAGAGCCCCACCCCCCCCGCAAGUGUCCACAUCCAGCUGCGCCCCUGCCCCUGCUUGUGCUGGCUCCUUCCGGCCCACGACCGAGUCCCUGCAACAUAGCCCCGGCGCUCCCACUCCAUCCAGCUCACUCAGUCUUCCUGGACUCAGACCGGGCCCGACUCCACAGACAGACCAGCGGAUGAAAGUCUCUGGCUCCUGCUGA